GGGAUUGUGGGGAGCACAUUCACACAUAAUCUUCGUGCUCGCGCUAGUGCGUACUAGGUCAUCNGGUGAACAACAUCUAUCCAAUGAGAGUUCCAUCAGCUUAGCCAAAACCCGCCAUUUUGACGGGGUCAAUGGCUAUGUUUAUUUUUAGCACUAAACCAAAACAAUAGUAUUUAAUGAUACUACUAGUACUGAGUAGUAGUACAGAAGGUUGGCUGGCGGAACUUCGUGUUGGCACAUAAUCACGACUUAUUAUCAGGUGACGUUUACAUGUACACUGGGGCUUGUGCGACUAUCAAAAGUGAAAGAAGAUUUCAUUCGGCAUUCUGUUGCAUUGAUUUGGGAUAAUUGGGGAAAAUGAAGUGGGCAUUCAAGGAAGAAACCCCGGAAGAGCAGCGAUUUGCGGAAGCAUCCAAGAUUCGUGCCAAGUACCCAGAGCGCAUUCCAGUCAUCGUCCAGAAAGCCCCCAACUCGCAGAUCCAAGACAUCGACAAGCGCAAGUUCCUUGUGCCCGCUGACAUCACCGUGGCCCAGUUCAUGUGGAUCAUCCGCAAGCGCAUCCAGCUUCCCUCGGAGAAAGCCGUGUUCCUGUUCGUGGGGAAGGCCUUGCCACAGUCCAGUGCGACAAUGAGCCAGAUCUAUGAAGCACACAGAGACUCCGACGGAUUCCUGUAUGUGGCCUAUAGUGGGGAGAAUACAUUCGGCUGGUCGUGAAGGAACCAUACCAUUCCUGAGUGAAAAACCACUGUAAAUAGCUAAUUGUAAAAAGUCAAUUCCCAUCUUCCUGAUCCACCAAAAUCCAGUGGAUGUCAAAGUGAUCCUAUUCCUUUCCAAUACUUUUAAAUUUCACCUGAGUGCUGCACAAGAUUCUGUCUGAUUUUUUUUUUCUUUUUUGGCCUGGAGCAAUUAGAGAAAAGUCUGAUCACCAGUAUAACUGACCUAAGGAGCUUGCACGAUGUACGUUGUACAUAUUCACAUGCAUUCUUGCUGUUGCCUCAGCCUAAAAACAGAAAAGUUUCUCUCUCCUGAAAUCAGUUUUUGGCACAUGGUCAGGCACCGUGCAGGGCAUUAUAUCCUGGCAAAAGACAACCGACAGUAGUCCCAGCUGUAGCAGUUCCCUUGGGAUAUCUGCCAACAUUUUGUUCCAGAGUUGUCAAAGAAGGCAGUAACUGCACUAAACAUGGCCAUUGCAAAGGAACCAAUCGGAUCCAUUGGCCGUUUAUGGGAUAAAAGGAAGACAUGUACAUGUGUACCGUAUUCUUCAUUGGAGUAUCCAUGAUCCCGUAGGUGUUUGUUUAAGACCAUAUCGGGUUAAAAGACUCUUCUUUACAGUGACUGUUGACUCUCCCACUGGCCUCAAAUAGAUUUCAAUUUUAAAAAUUUAUAAAUUUAUAAAUAAACCAAAUUAAAUACUACAGAAAAGAAUGACAGACUACCUUUUCUGCCAUUUUCUGCAACAGACAGGCACCAUUUGAGUUCCAAACAACCAAAGACACCUCAGUCUGGAAAACGAGGCAGUAUUCAUACAUAAACAAAAUUAAACACCCAAAGAAACGUUCAGGAAAUUCUGAAUUAAAUUAUAAACCAAGAUUUCCCUUUUUAUUUCCCCUUAUUCUCGCACACCAGCUGUUUCUUUUGAAGCACUUUUUUUCUGGAAUGGAUUGGAUUACCAAUACUUCAAGCACAAAGCACAAUAAAAAAAGAAACUCUUUCACAACUAUCAAAGAUUCAUGGAAAUUUGCGAUUGACCAGAUCGAUUGCGAAGUAGCACUGAGAAUUAAACUUUAAUUUUUUUAAUACAUUUUCUCUGAAAUUCAGGAAAGAAAUAUUCUACAUUAACAUUAAAUGUAUGGUCGAAAAUCGGUUAAUUUGUGAAUGCACUGGGAAUCUACACCUUUCUUGUGAAGUAUUAAACUUGAGCAGCUCUCAUACCAAUGGGUGCAUGUCUUUAAAGGGUAUAAGCUUAUAUGUAUUUCUGAGCAGAAGAAAAAUGGUGGUUGUGUACCUUUAAGCUAUAUGUUUGGUUGUACAUAAACAGAAAUCAGUACUUGAGAAGUAAACUAUGAACCUGCCAGUGGCUGUCUUCACUGAGCUGCUUAGGAGGAAACACUGUAUAGCCAAAGUUAUGUGCCGAGUAAAAUUGAGCACCGAACGAGUAUUGAGUAAUGUACUUUGCGUGACAUUGUGACUGGCUACCCAUUUUAGCUAAGCAGGUAUUUUCUGAUCAGAGCCCAUCUCUGUGCCAUACAGCUCUAUGAGAUCAAUUUGGCCCGCCAGCUAUCUUUCUGUUGGUGUGUGACUUGUUGAUGGGGUCUGUGACAGACCUCUCCAACUGCACAUUGUAUAUGAGGAAGGUGUAGUCUUGUGAAUGAUGACACAGUUACACAUGUAGUUCAUUGUUGCUCUGUCCUGACUUCUCUUGAAGGAUAUUUUUCAAUGUUCAUUCAGAAGUAGACAAAACGUCUUUCCAUGUGAAAGCUACUUGUAGUUUUGAAGUUCAUCUGGUGAUAAGAUUCAUGCAAGCAGUAAUCCAAGCCAUUUGAUAUGUAAGGUCUGAACCGUUUUUUUUUUUUCAUGUGAAUGUAUGUUGAAGUUUACGUUAUUUAGAGUUUAGAUUGCUUUGCAUUAUACACUUCGAAUCAAGAAUUCUUUUAAUUUCUCCGUGCAAUGGAACGGCAAUGGAUGGACUUAACCACCACAAAGAACAUUCCAUUGAUGGUAACCAAACUCAGUGGUCAGGACCUUAGCAGCACCAGGUUUUGGGUCAUGCUGACUUCAAGAAAUCUCAUUUUAUUCCUGUCCAUAAAUGCCUUUUCAUUUGAUUGAUUGGAGCGCGGUUUGAGGCUGCCCAAGAUUACUUGCAGCAUGCACAAGAUUCUGGUGCUAUUGUCUGACUUAGUAUUGUGUACAAAUAUGUACAUGUAUGUAUGUACCUAUGUAGCCAGUGUUAAGAUGCCAUGUACUCCAAGCUGAAAUACUUGCUGCAUAGUCGAAACUCAUGUAAUGCAGCCAGUGAUGGCCCUGUGUAGAGAGGGCUGGAUGCUGGACUGAAUAUCAACUCUGAAGGAUUUCCAAGAUGAUUUUUUAAGGAGACAAGUUAUGUUACGGUAUUGUUGUUUGUUAAAUUUUUCUGUGCUGUCCAAAUUGGUGUCCCUAAAAACCUCUACACGUACCUGAAAUGAGCAUCUAAAACAGUUAUGUCAUAGUCUGUAUGCCAACUAUGAGUUGAUGGUCAGAGCUUUGAAACAUUUCAACUUUCCACCUUUCCUUUUGAAGAGCUCCAUAUUUCCAGAGAGUGAAAUUCUGUCUACCUAUCAACGAAACUAGGAACAAAUGAUGUAAAUUUUAAAUCAUGCCUACAGUGUUCUUUCAUGCCUUGUCAAUAGGGCAAUUAGCCUCAUUUCGACUCUCAAUCGUCUUGGUCCCACGUUAGAGGAAGUCACAGACUGAACUUUCUCUCUUAAGAAGUGAGAGAUUAGCCACAUAUUGUAUCAGUAAAACAAGCUUGCACAGUUUUGUUUACAUUCCCCUUGAAAGGUGACGCCAUUUUGUUUCGUUUGUACAAGACACUUUCUGUUAGGAUCCAGAGGCUGGGAUUUCUUUUAAGUUUCUUUCUCUAAAGAAAAUAAUGUUGUCUAUAAAUAGUAUGGAUGUUUGUAAAAGUUAGUUGCAGCUCAUAUUUAUUCAGAAAAAAAGAGGUUUAGAUUUAUGUUUAUAAGAAAAUGUUCAGGUAAUAAAUUUUUUUUUAACUACAGUAACAGUUUCAACGUCUGAAUAGAGUGUUUUUUGCAUUAGUUUGAUAAUGUUAAACUUUUUAUGGAUGUAUGGAAAUCAAUGCAAAUGCUUUCUUUAGCUCCAAAUGCUUUAAAAAGUUCUAAAAUGUUAAUGGUGUGUGGGAAUUGUGUCUAAAAUUACUACAUGUAUUUGCUUGUAAUUUUCAAAUUUAGAAUUAUAUAUUUUCUGUUUGUACAAACUAAAAUGAAAUGUUAUUGCAUCUGUUCAAUCAAGCAUACAUACAUGUAUUUUGAUUCCACAAAUAAAGUGAUAUGAAUAUAAAUGACA